AUGACUGAUUCCAAGGACAUGGGGAAGAAGCAGCUCGGCCCUCUGGACGAGGAACAGCUGAUAAGCAGCCACGCCAGGUACUCCACCAAAGACUUUAGCUUCCAACCAAAUUCUGGAUUCAGUAGCUUCGCAGGGCACCUGGGCCUGAGCCACAUCCCCUUGGCACUGCAGGUGUUCUUCCUCAUUGUCUUCUCUGUGCUGCUGGUGGUCGUCCUUGCCAAAGUCUUCAGCAUCCCCAGUUCUCAGGGUCAGGAGCAGUCCAGCCAGGAGAAGGUCUACCAAGAGCUGACCCAGCUGAAGGCUGGGGUAGACCGCCUGUGUCGUCCCUGCCCCUGGGACUGGACACCCUUCCAAGGAAGCUGCUACUUUUUCUCUGUGGUCCAGAAGGCCUGGAAUGACUCAGCCACUGCCUGCCAGAAGGUGGGGGCUCAACUUGUGGUUAUCAAGAGUGAUGAAGAGCAGAACUUUCUACAACAGUCUUCUAAGAAGAGAGGCAACACUUGGAUGGGGCUCAUUGACAUGAACAAGGAAUCCACAUGGCACUGGGUGGAUGGCUCGCCUCUGACGCUCAGUUUCAUGAAGUAUUGGAAUAAAGGGGAACCCAACAACCUGGGGGAGGAAGACUGUGCAGAGUUCAAAGGUGAUGGCUGGAAUGACUCCAAAUGUGACAACAAGAAUUUCUGGAUCUGCAAAAAAACCAAAACUUCCUGCCCUAGCAAGUGA